AUGAUUGACGCAAGUCAUUCUGUCCUGCUCGCAGAUUUCAGUUGUACGAAGCUGCUAGCUGCCAGCAUCGGACAUUCUCGCAGGCAGUGUGGUCAGAGGAGAACGAUCGAGACUCAGGGCAUUCUACUUCUGGCACCAGCCAUCAGACACCGUGCAGCCUGGGACGCAGAGGUGUCCCCUGCCCGCGACCGACCAGAGGCAUUCUUGGAGGAUGCCGCCUUCUUAUCGAUUGACUCGCUCGCUACAGAGGUGCCGCAUCCAGAAUACUUCCAACAGUAUGAGCAUGAAAGCGUCCUGCUGAGGUGCUGA